GCCUUGACAGCAAAGUCAAUCCAGAAACCAUCUUCCUGGUCCAGGGGAGAAGCCAGCAUGGAAACGUCAACCACUCCAGAGGACUAUGAUAUGACCACAGAAUAUGACUAUGGGAAAUCAACCCCAUGCCAAAAAGGAGAGGUGAGGGCUUUUGGGUCUCAGCUGUUGCCCCCCUUGUACUCCCUAGUAUUUGUCGUUGGCCUUAUUGGCAACAUCCUGGUGGUCCUGGUCCUCAUGCAGUACAAGAGGCUCAAGAGCAUGACCAGCAUCUACCUCCUCAACCUGGCCUUGUCUGACCUGCUCUUCCUCUUCACGCUGCCCUUCUGGGUUGACUACAAUCUGAAGGAUAGCUGGAGGUUCAGCGAAGGCACAUGUAAGUUGCUGUCGAGGCUUUACUACAUAGGCCUGUACAGUGAGAUCUUUUUCAUGAUCCUGCUGACCAUCGACAGGUACCUGGCCAUUGUCCAUGCUGUGUUUGCCCUGCGGGCCCGGACUGUCACCUUUGGUAUCAUCACCAGCCUCGUCACUUGGGGCCUGGCCAUCCUGGCUGCCAUCCCGGGCUUCUACUUUUCUAAGAUCCAGAAAGAGAUCAGUCAUUACACCUGCAGCCUCCAUUUCCCUCACCAACACCUAAAACAGUGGCAACAGUUCCAGGCUCUGAAACUGAACAUCUUGGGGCUGAUUCUGCCCCUGGUGGUCAUGAUCGUCUGCUACACAGGAAUUAUAAAGAUUCUGCUCAGACGUCCCAAUGAGAAGAAGUCCAGAGCCGUCCGCCUCAUUUUUGUCAUCAUGAUCCUCUUCUUUCUCUUUUGGACCCCCUACAACCUGACUAUGCUUAUUUCUGCUUUUCAAGACGUCUUUUUUGUUGAUGAGUGUGAGCAGAGCAAACAGCUGGACCUGGCCAUCCAGGUGACGGAGGUGAUCGCCUACACGCACUGCUGCAUCAACCCCAUCAUCUAUGUCUUUGUGGGCGAGAGGUUCCGCAAGUACCUGCGCCAGCUGUUCCACAGUCUCCUGGCCGUGCCCCUGGCCAAAUGGCUCCCCUUCCUCCGCACCGAGAGUCUGGAGAGGACCAGCUCCCUGUCCCCCUCCACUGCAGAGCAGGAGCUCUCUAAUGGGUUCUGACUAAGGCCCCUGCAAGAGGGGCCUGGCAGGCCCGCUGGUGGAGAGGAGGCAGCUGGGCUGUCCCCGCCAGACCCGGACCACAGGCACAGCGUGGAAAGACGGACACCCCCUAGGGUUGAGGUGGUCUAGACUAAAUCACCUCUGGGGCUUGAGUCUUCUCCAUGAACUUCUCCCUGGAAAUGAAUGAGUGAACUGUAGAACAUUCCAGAAGACCAGACAAAGGGUGCCAGUGCAGGGCUUGGGCCCAAACAGGGUUUCAGAUUUGUGAACAUUCACAUUUGUAAACAAAGCCACUGAGCAUCCCCUCUCCUCUAUCCCCACCACCACUGAACUUGCAGAUAGUGAUUUCCCACCGUUGACUUGGCUCAGAGGCUAGAGCCAUUCGGGAGCCAGCAGCUGCCUCCACUGCAACCCCCACCCCACUGCAGGGUUUGAGCUCCUGGAAACCCUGAGAAACAAAGAACUCAUGAUGGAAGAACUUGAGAUCUAAUGGGAAAUAGGAUUGGGAAACUGAUGUUGGCAGUGGAACUUCCCUUCAGGAUGAUUUUUGUAUCCACAAGUAACAAACAGUUCAGGCAGUGGUCUCCACACAGACCGUGUGUACUUGUGGAAACAGCCAUAGAAGGGAGGGAGUCAUUAUUCCCAUGACCAUUCCUUUCUUUCUGAAUAUUUCUGGAAUCUCCCUUCCCUGUCAGUCGGGUGCUGGGGCAGGAGAUUCUGAUGGCUUUAUGGCAGAAAUUACUAACAGGCCAAAGGAGACCGGCUUGCUUUUCUUCCUCUGGAUCUCUGGCUCCCACCUUGCGCCCAUCAUCAGAAAAAUGACCAGUGUGUGAGCUGAUGGCAUUGAGGCUGGAAGACAGGAGACUGUCUACAGGCAGCAUGGGGUGGGGACUCUGUCUUGAUGUAGGAGGUUGAGAAGGCCCUAAACUCAAACUUAUUUAUCCUAAAUGUCUAACACUUCACCGCUCACCAAGCACCUCCCAUUUAUCAUGGCUCUGUUCCCUUGUUUCUAAGAUUUGUAUUUCCUUAAAAAUCAUUUUCCAAUAACAAAAAUUGUUUCUAGAAAUGCUUUAAAACGCAAAGGGGGAAAAAACUCGGACAUCAAAAUCACCCACAAACCCCACUGCCUACAGGCAACCGCUGCACGUUUUUUUGUAUACUUUCUUUUCGUUUGUUUUUUCUCUGGUGCAUGUUUAUGAUUAUAACAAAGAUGGACUUUGGUACUCACCCUUCUGCUUGUUGUUUUUAAGUAGUAGUAUGUGCGAUUGCUCUUCCAAGUCAAUAAAUUAUCUCAAAGCUUUG